GUUAUCGGCUGUCACUCGCCAUUAUUGUUGUAAGUGGUUGUAAGGUUUUUUUGGAAUUUGGCCUAUUCUCGUUUACAUGUUACUCACUGUCUACUGAUAAGUUUAUUUAUUGUUGAGACUUUAGAAGAGCCAUACGUUCAAAAUUAAUGCAUAGAGUUACACCUUUAAACACGUAUAACUAGCGAAAAUGUAUUGUGAUGUGUGCGGUAUCGUUGACGAGCAUUAUGACGAAAGUUCGGAUGUCCAUCACACUGAUACGCCGAAACAUCAGUCUAAUGUGAUAUUACUUCAAUAUAAACACAAUAAGAAAAACUUUGGUAAAAACCGUGAAGGUGUCAUUAUAUUGGGUAGUGCUGAGACCACACCUCCUAGUGAAACUACUACUAAAGUUCAAGAUACUGAUCAUAUAAAAAUUAGGAUUUAUGUAAAACCAAAUCAAAAUGUGAAGUUCUCAUUCAAGAUAUCCAAUGAUAUGAAAAAUGAAGAUUUAAUCGUAGUUGGUAUACAGCUGGCACAUCCCCAGCCACAAUUCAAAAUGAGUGACCACCCCUAUAUAUUUGGUGGCGAGCCCAAUAUUUUAUGUAAGAAAUCUACAAUAAAAGAGGAAAUUAGUGUCCAAUUUCAUGCUCAAGAUAUAGGUCAAUAUGAGAUGCCAAUUAUGUUUACAUUUUACAGGCAAAGCGAUGAGAAAAAUAUAAUAUUUAUACGUGAAAUGGUAGUUCUAGUACAAGAGCAUGAAAUACAACACAUAAGUAACAAAAGUCCAUACGCUAACAAAACAUGGGAACCCGCUUCUCAUACUAUACUAUCAACAAGUCAUGUGCCAUAUCAACUUACAUUUAAGAUUCCGAAGCUCCUGAAGUUGCUUCUACCGCGAGGCUUGGAAGAGAAAGCCCUAGAAGGACUGCAGAUGCCUCCUGAUGUUAUGGAAAAGCUCAGAUUGUUGCUUAUAUCCACUAGAGCUAUAUUUGACGAGGGCCCAAGCAAAAACAAUUAUAUGAUUUACUUCCAUCACUUACUAUGGUGGGAGGAAAUAGUUGCAAAAAUCAAUUUGAGGAAAUACAAUAUGUUUGGUGUGAAAAUAGAGCAAAACGAAAAAGCACUUGUCCUUGAAGUUCCUGGGCUAGCUGAGAAAAGACCCUCGUUAUUGCGAGGCGAUCGUGUCUUCAUACGUCCGCAAGAAAAUACAACAGUGGUAUUUGAGAGUGUAAUUAAAGAACUCAAUGACAGUCACGUUCAGUUAUCCAAUUUAGAUCACUUAUUUUAUGAAAACUACUACAGCGGCGAUGCUUUGUACGAUGUCCGGUUCCUGAUGUCCCGGGUCCCCCUGGAGCGAAUGCACGAAGCUGUAAACAGUGUGUUCCGCUCCAAGCAAGACUGCCGCAUCUUCCCUGCACCAACUGCAAAGAAGAUGUACCUGAAGCCCAUCACUGAGUUCUACAAUCCUCUUAUAGCGCAUAACGCGGAGCAAAGGUCCGCCGUUGAGCACAUAGUAUCGGGCACGUCGGGUAAAGCGCCGUACAUUGUGUUCGGGCCGCCGGGCACGGGCAAAACUAUGACCAUCGUGGAGGCUAUCAUUCAAUUAGUGGUCCGUAAGCCUAACAACCGUGUGAUGGUGUGCACGGACUCCAACAUGGCGGCUGAUCACAUUGCGAUGAUGCUCCUGCAGUAUAACAAGAAGCUUAACAUCUCUAACUUCUUGUUGCGCGCUAACUCACAGUCCAGGGAAUGGACCGUGAUGCCUUCAGCUUUAAAGCCAGUAUCCAAUGGCACAAGUUACGAGACAUUCUAUUCAGUGAGCAACGUGCAUGUCUCCAUGUACAGGAUCUUUGUCACGACUUUGUUGCACGCCGCCAAAUACGGAUCACAAAAAAGUCAGGCAACACACAAAAUCCAAAUGUCCCACCUAUUCAUCGAUGAAGCGGCACAGGCCUCUGAGCCAGCUACCCUUGUGCCCGUGACAGGUCUGCUCUCUCCUAAUGGAAGCCUUAUACUGGCCGGAGAUCCACAGCAAUUGGGGCCUGUAUGUAUUUCAGAGGCCAAAGUAAGAGGCUUAGGACAAUCCCUACUGGAACGUUUGAAGAACACAUAUGAGAACUUAUAUGAAGAUCCCAACUAUAUCACGAUGCUUGUGCAGAACUUCCGUUCGGACCCUGACAUAUUGGCCAUACCUAAUGAGCUGUUUUACCAAAACUGCUUAAAGGCUUUGGCUCCAUCAGAUCCUCUCAGUCGCGUGAGCGUACUGGACCAGCCGGGUGGAGACAGCGCUGUGGUAUUCCACGCUGUGCACUCUCGGGAGCAAAGGAUGGGCAAUGCUCCGAGUUACUUCAAUGAGAAAGAACUGGAUAUGCUCAAAAGAUAUAUAAAGGCACUGAUUGAAAAACAUCAAGUGUCCCCCAAAGACAUUGGUGUCAUCGCUCCAUACAUAAGACAGGUGUACAAAAUGAAAGCCUGGCUGUCCAGCGAAAAUUAUACUGAUAUCGAAGUGGGCACCGUGGAAUCUUUCCAAGGCAAGGAGAAACGUGUCAUACUAGUUUCAACUGUAAGAGCUAACUGCAGGCUCCUGGAUUAUGAUGCUAAAUACGGACUCGGGUUCCUGGUUGACGAUAAGCGCUACAACGUGACACUCACCCGCGCCAAAGCGAAGCUGAUUAUAAUCGGCAAUCCUACUUGUCUUACGCGCGAUGUUAAAUGGCGGAAAUACAUGGAGUUUGCGCGCGAAAAGAACUGCUACUACGGUGAGGAGACCCAGCAGUUAGAAAGAACCUCUCAGCUGCUCACUGAGAUUACAAGAACACGUUUCGAUAAGUGCAGGCUUUCCGACUUCAUUAUACCGAAGCUAACCAAGCCACCAAAGAAGUCCAAGAAGAAGUAAAUCCAUUUGGAUAUCAUCCAUCCAUCACCACAUCCUUUUUGAGCAAUUCUGUAGUGCCUUAGUAAUUUUUAUAUUAUAUAACUCUUCAUGGUUUUAAACUGUUAUCAUAAAUCGAUUCAUUAGGAAUCUAAAUCCAUUUUGAUAUGUUAUAAAUCUAUUAGGAUAUCAUGAUAUCAAUCUGGAUCUUCUUUAUAGUGUCAUAAGAACUAAUUAUUAUUUUUAUAGGUAUAUUUUUUAUAUUAUUUUACCCAUUUUGAUAGUAUCACGGGAGUUAUAUUUUUUGGAU